CUGCCAUAGACCUAUAAUCUUUCUCACAGAAAACCCUCUACUCUGACCAAAAGAGAGCCCCACUACAAAGUUUUCAAAAGGGAACAUACCCACACAGAAAAAAACAGUCUUUUUUUCACUUCCUUUGUUCUGCAUCCAUGGUUCCUUCAUACUGAUACCCAAAAUAUAUUCUUCCCUCCCAAGCUUUCUGAAUCUUCUUCUGCAUCUUUACCAAACAUAAAAAAAAACCCUAGAUUUUUCCCUCUUUCAAAAUUUCCAUUUCUUCUCAUUCUCUUUGCUCUUUCCCCUCCAACACACUCAAAAUCCUCUCUUCAUUCUUCCUUGCAUCACAUCCCCAGACCAAUUCUAUGUGCUUUUGGUCCUUUCAACAGCUUCUGCUAACUUUUGUUAACUUUUGUUUUACUCCAAGUUUGCCUAAAUCCCAAUUUUCUCUACGCGGGUUUUCGAUAAUUCACCACCUUUUGGUUCCUUGAUCACGAAUGGUUUUGAGUUGCAGGAGGCAUAAUGUCUGAUGAUAUGCUUGUGCAUUUCUCUUCCAAUUCCUCCAACCAAUCUGACCAGUCCCUUCCAACAAAGAUUGCGAAGCUGGAAGCUCGAAUGGUGGGCAAGGCUUCCUCCACCGCUGCUCAGCAGCCAGGUUGGUCCUCUGUCCCUUCAACUGGGAAAUUUGGAGGAGCUGCUGAGGAUUUAGCUGAGGCAUGUAGUUCCAGUGAUUCUGAUGAUGAUAAUGGUGAAGAAUUCUUAAUACAGGCCAACACGCAGAAGCGGCUAAAACUUCAAGAAGAUGACAACUCUAAUGUUUUUGAACAUCUCGAGGUUAUGACUGAUGGAAGACAAACUAGUUCAGAGCCCGUCGAGAUAAAAAUAAGUAACGAUGUGAAUAGAAAGAAACAUGGCCGUGGACGAGGCAAUUCUGGUUCAGGAAGGGGCCGGGGUUCCAGAUCUAAUGAUCAGACCAGAACACAAAUACCUCCAACAACUGCUUUGACCUCAAAUGGCCAGACCGAUUUAUACCAUAAGGAUGGAAGACUCAAAGAUCAACUUCGUAAUGAUAAUUUUUCUUCUUUAGAGGAGGAGGUUGCAUCUUUACGGGCAAAGGUUGUAGCAUUAGAGGAGGACUUACGUAAAUCAAAACAGGAGACCUCUGAAUAUCAGAAUCUUUGUCGGCAGUUGGAAAAGGAACUUAAGGACCUGACAGAUCAAGAACAACAAAUGAAGCCAAAGCGGACAAAAAUAAUAUCUGAUUUGCUGAUAUCAGUUUCAAAGGCUGAGAGACAAGAGGCCAGGCUGAAAGUGCGACAAGACUCAUUGAGACUUGGAAAUGUUGGGGUAAUCAGAGCUGGAACUGUCUUAUCUGAAACUUGGGAGGAUGGUCAAGCAUUAAAGGAUCUGAAUGCCCAGCUUAGACAACUAAUAGAAACAAAGGAGGCAAUUGAACGUCAGCGCAAAUUAUUCAAGAAAAAACAAUCUGAUAAGGGAGAUACAACUGAUGCAGAGGCUGGAUUACCAGAAGAUGUUCUCAUUCAUGAUGAAAUUUAUAAAUCUCGACUGGCUAGCAUCAAACGGGAGGAAGAAGUUAUUUUGCGUGAGAGGGAUCGCUAUGAACUAGAGAAGGGAAGGUUGAUUCGUGAAAUGAAACGUAUAAGGGAUGAAGAUGGUUCACGGUUCAACAACUUUCAGAUUCUACACCAUCGAUAUGCCCUUCUAAACCUUCUCGGAAAGGGAGGGUUCAGUGAGGUUUACAAGGCUUUUGAUUUGGUAGAGCAUAGAUACGUUGCCUGCAAGCUUCAUGGUUUAAAUCCUCAAUGGAGUGAAGAGAAGAAGCAGAGUUACAUGCGGCAUGCAAUUCGGGAGUAUAAUAUUCACAAGUCCCUUGUGCAUCAUCACAUUGUUCGUUUAUGGGACAUAUUUGAGAUUGAUCAAAAUACGUUCUGCACUGUUCUGGAAUAUUGUAGUGGGAAAGAUCUUGAUGCUGUCCUUAAAGCAACACCUAUAUUGCCAGAGAAGGAGGCUAGAGUCAUUCUGGUUCAGAUUUUUCAAGGCCUUAUAUACAUGAAUAAAAGAACACAGAAGAUUAUCCAUUAUGAUUUAAAGCCAGGAAAUGUUCUGUUUGAUGAGCUUGGUAUUGCAAAAGUGACUGAUUUUGGUCUCAGCAAGAUAGUGGAGGAUGAUGUUGGAUCCCAGGGUAUGGAACUUACAUCCCAGGGAGCUGGAACAUAUUGGUAUUUGCCUCCUGAAUGCUUUGAGCUCAGCAAGACGCCUUAUAUUUCAUCGAAGGUUGAUGUCUGGUCUGCUGGCAUUUUGUUCUAUCAAAUGCUCUGUAGACGUCCUUUCGGGCAUGACCAAACUCAAGAGAGAAUACUUCGUGAAGACACAAUUAUUAAGGCGCGCAAGGUUGACUUUCCUACUAGGCCUGCUGUUUCUAAUGAGGCAAAGGAUUUCAUUCGUCGGUGUCUCACGUAUAACCAGAUCGAGAGACCAGAUGUAUUAACAAUUGCUCAAGAUCCAUAUCUCACAUACUCAAAGAAGUAAUGAAUGAUUUUCAGUGACAUACCUAUUUUACUCAAGAGGCUCUAAAGAGCAUGAAUCUAAGAACUGAUCUAACUUGAGGUGCUGAUUUAGCAGAUGGAUUUUGUAUAGGUUGUAAAGAUCUUGUUAUUUUGUCAAAUGAGACAGAAAGAUGUUUCCUCACUCUUAGGGUUUGUUUUGCGAGUUAGUGUUUUGGCGGGGAAGAAAACUUACCAUUUGAAUUUUUUACGCUAAAAAUCCUUUCUUCCCCGUCGAUGGUCGCUCCAAAUUCCCAAUCCGCAAACAACCCCUAAAGGAAGGCCAGUUGUCUUUUUUUUUUUUUUUUUACUUCCAUUUUAUAUUUUGGUUCGAAAACAUGGGAUGAGGAACAGGAAAAAGGUUGUUUGAUUGAUAUGUCUUUAUAUAUAAAGUAGAUGUAUAGGUGCUUUCACAAGGGAGAAAGCUUUUGUAAUUUUUUUGGUACAUUAGCCCCAAGUUUCAUUUUAUUUUUUCAUUAGAUACUACCUCAUUUCCCUAAAAUUUAUUUAGUUGUAGUGUGUAUUGAGAAGGCCAUGUUUGUUUAGUAUUUGACUUGCUCAAAACCA